CUGCUUUCCGGGUUAAAACAGAUCAACACCGGCGUCCUGGCGCGUUGCUCCGUCUAUCCAAAGCUGCAUUUAUGCUCAAUUUUCAUUCAAAUAUCAACACAGGUUUAGAAAACAGUUAGCUUGAGUGUGGUUUAAUUAUUUAAUUUUUUUUUGCGUGUUAUUUUUAUUUUGUGACAUGACCGGGAUGUGCGCCGGACCGCAGGGACGAUGAUGUUCCCUGGAAAUGAUUUAAUUACCCAGAGGAAGGAGCAGCAGGCAGGACGGCGCGCAGAGGGCGGGGCUUCGCGGCAGGCAGCAUGGAUUCUGAAUACAGGAGGUGUAGCCUGUCUGGUGACCGUGACGCCAUGGAGCUUGGGCGAAACGAAUCCUCCAAGCGCCAGUCUGCAGGUGCAAACAAACAAGGUGCCACCGUUAGUUUCCACAAUAUUCACUAUAAAGUGAAGCAGGGAGGAGGCUGUUUCUGCCUGAAGAAGGCCACAACCAAAGACAUCCUCAUUGACUUGAACGGGCUCAUGAAGCCGGGCCUGAACGCCAUCAUGGGAGCAACAGGAAGCGGGAAGUCAUCGUUCCUGGAUGUUUUGGCAGCCAGAAAAGACCCUGCCGGUCUUUCAGGAGAAGUCCUGAUCGACGGCGCUCCGCAGCCUCCCAACUUCAAAUGUCUGUCUGGAUAUGUGGUGCAGGACGACGUAGUGAUGGGAACCCUGACGGUCAGACAGAACUUCGCCUUCUCUGCCGCGCUGCGUCUGCCGUCCUCCAUCAGCCAGAAGGAGAAGGAGCAGAAGGUGGAGAAAGUGAUCCAGGAGCUGGGACUGGGGCGAGUCGCUAACUCCAAGGUGGGGACUCAGCUGAUUCGCGGGAUCUCUGGCGGGGAGAGGAAGAGGACGAACAUCGGCAUGGAGCUGAUCAUCGACCCGCCCGUCCUCUUCCUGGAUGAACCCACCACGGGGCUCGACGCCAGCACCGCCAACUCUGUGCUGCUGCUGCUGAAGAGGAUGGCAAAGCACGGCCGCACCAUCAUCCUGUCCAUCCAUCAACCGCGGUACAGCAUCUACCGCCUGUUCGACAGCCUCACGCUGCUCGUCAAUGGAAAACAGGUUUACCACGGCCAGGCACAGAAAGCGCUGGAGUAUUUCUCUGAAAUUGGAUAUCACUGUGAGGCUCAUAACAACCCUGCUGACUUCUUCCUGGACGUCAUCAACGGAGACUCGACCGCGGUCACCCUCAGCAACCUGGAAGGACAAGACUCUCAACAAGAUGCAGAAUCAAUGUCCAAGUCCAGAAAAGGAAUCGAGGACAACCUGGUGGAGGAGUACAGAAACUGCCAAUACUACAAACAGACAAAAGAUGAGCUAGAAAGGAUUUUUCAGGGAAAGCCAACAACCAAGAGUUCUCGGUUCAGGACCAUCACCUACAACACCAGCUUCCUGACCCAGUUCAAAUGGGUUCUCAAGAGAACGUUCCGCAACCUGGCGCUGAACCCGCAAACCUCCAUCGCCCAGGUAGCGGUGACGCUCUUCCUCGCUCUGGUUGUCGGAGCGCUUUUCUUCAACGUCCAGCUGGAUGACAGCGGGAUCCAGAACAGGACCGGCGCUCUCUUCUUCAUCGUGGUGAAUCAGUGUUUCAGCUCGCUGUCGGCCGCUGAACUCUUCAUCACAGAGAGGAAACUCUUCAUACAUGAAUACAUCAGCGGUUACUACAGACUCUCUGUCUACUUCCUGUCUAAGAUCCUGUCUGACAUCAUCACUCUGAGGACCAUCCCCGCCAUCGUCUUCACCUGCGUCGCCUACUACAUGAUCGGCCUGAAGCCGACAGCGGGGGCUUUCUUCACCUUCAUGUUCAGCGUGGCUCUGGUGUCGUACACCGCCACCUCCAUGGCCAUGGCCAUCUCGGCCGACCAGACGGUGGUGGCCAUCGCCAACAUCUUCAUGACCAUCACCUGCGUCUUCAUGAUGAUCUUUGCAGGUCUGUUGGUGAAUGUAAACUCCAUCGUUAACUGGCUCGCCUGGUUGAAGUACCUCAGUAUACCCAGAUAUGGACUGAGUUCUCUGCAAGCAAACGAGUUCCCCGGUCUGCAAUUCACCUCGAAAGGAAACGAUUCCAAGUCAGGGGAGGAUUACCUGAAGGAGCAGGGAGUUGAUCACUCUACCUGGGGUCUCUGGCAGAACCACCUGGCUCUGAGCAUCAUGACCAUCUGCUUCCUCACCAUCGCAUACCUCAAACUGCGCUUCAUCAAGAAGUUCACAUAAGGCCUCCUGGAAACACUGCAACCAAAAUUUAGAUGAUUCUGUUAUAAAAAUAUGUUAUUUUCCAUCCAUUUGGUUCAUUAUUGUAUUUACAGUUGUUUAAUCUGUUGAAACCGGCCAUGUUUAUCCCAGGUAACUUUGUAAAAUGUUUGGUUUUUAAGGCAAAACAUGUGCUCACUCCAUAUAUCACUGCAUCAUGCUGUAUUAGUGUAGGUUUAUUUUUGAUUUUUGCACUUUAAUGCUCAAAGUCAUGUAAAUUUAUAAUUUUGUAUUUGUAAUUUUUUUUCUACAGAAAUAAAACUGUUCCUUUAAAGCAAA